CCAUCUCAGUACUAGUGUGUGUGUGUCUCAGUGUGUGUGUUGUCACUCUCCUCCAACCUGCUCCCAGCUCAGCAUGGCCAGAUUUACGCAAAGUGAAAGCAGAAGGGAUCAGCAGCAGCAUCAUCCCCAGCCGACUCAUCCCGCCCCCGUCAACCUGCUUCUACAGCAGCCGCUCCUACUUAUCCCUCAUCAGAAUCAACUCGCGCACAUCCCGGUUCCGAAACCCAUGAACGGACCAGAAACUGUCUCCAUGCACACGGACUGCGGCGCCAUGAAAGACCAGGACGCCAUCAAGCUCUUCAUUGGACAGAUUCCGCGGAACCUCGAGGAAAAAGACCUGAAACCUCUCUUUGAACAGUUUGGGAAAAUCCACGAACUGUCUGUUCUGAAGGACCGAUACACAGGCAUGCAUAAAGGUUGUGCGUUUCUCACCUACUGUGCCCGGGAUUCUGCCAUCAAAGCCCAGAAUGCAUUGCAUGAGCAGAAAACCCUACCUGGGAUGACUCGUCCCAUCCAAGUGAAACCAGCUGACAGUGAGUGUCGUGGAGAGGACAGGAAGCUGUUUGUGGGGAUGCUGAACAAGCAGCAGACAGAGGAGGAUGUGUACCGCCUAUUUGAGCCCUACGGCGCCAUCGAUGAGUGUACCGUACUAAGAGGUCCUGACGGAAACAGCAAAGGUUGUGCAUUUGUGAAGUUCUCUACUCAUUCUGAAGCGCAGUCUGCCAUCAGUUCCCUUCAUGGGAGUCAGACCAUGCCGGGAGCGUCGUCCAGCCUCGUCGUGAAGUUUGCAGACACAGAUAAGGAGAGGACCAUACGGCGCAUGCAGCAGAUGGCUGGACAGUUUGGCAUCUUCAACCCCUCUGUCGCCCUACCUACGUUCAGCAGCUACAGUAGCUAUGCACACGCCUUGAUGCAGCAGCAGCAGCAGGCAGCGGUGAUGGCCAUGUCUCAGGGGGGCUACCUGGCCCCCAGCCUCUCCUUCCCCUCCGCCCAGAUCCACCAGGUGGGGGCGCUAGCAAUGAACGGUCUGCCGCCCAACCCCCUCAAUCUCGUGUCAGGUCUGAGCUCUCCUCCAGCCGCCCUGCCCUCCUCCCUGACCAGCCUGGUGGCCCCAAUGAUGAACGGGUACACCGGCCUCACCCACCAGGCUAACGGGCACCCUCUAGAGACCCUCUACACCAAUGGCCUGCCGACCUACUCCACCCAGAGCCCUACUGCUGCGGACACACUGCAACAGGCCUUUACUGGGGUACAGCAAUACACAGCCAUCUACCCAGCAACUACACUGACCCCUCUAGGUCAGUCACUUUCACAGCACCCUCAGGUCAUUGGCCAACAGCAGAGGGAAGGUGAGGGACCAGAGGGCUGUAAUCUGUUCAUCUACCACCUGCCCCAGGAGUUUGGCGAUAACGAACUGAUGCAGAUGUUCCUGCCCUUCGGCAAUGUUAUCUCCUCCAAGGUAUUCAUGGACAGAGCGACCAAUCAGAGCAAGUGUUUCGGCUUUGUGAGCUUUGAUAACCCGGGUAGUGCCCAGGCUGCCAUCCAAGCCAUGAAUGGUUUCCAGAUUGGUAUGAAGAGACUCAAGGUGCAACUCAAACGUCCCAAAGACGCCAGCCGCCCCUACUGACACCCCCCAGUACAGGUUUAAUCAGAGGUACGGAGGACGUCUUUGAUUGAUUAAGGCAUUUUGUGUUGAAUAAGACAUUUUGUGAAAGGAAAAAAGGAAAAAGUUAUUCUGUUUUUAAAACAAUGGAAAAUAGACUUCAUAUGGGAGUUGGGAAGAGAUCUCUUUUUAUCUUCAAUCAUAUCUGACUGGCAGAGGGAGGACUCACAGCUCUGCACCAGUGAAGGUUUGGCAUCACAGAUGAGAGAGCAAUGGGAUGAUGCAUAAGGAUAGAACAAGACUUUCAAAACAAACAGAAAACUUUUUUUAAAGAUACAAACACACAAAAAAAAAACAAUUUAGAAUCUUUGGAGACUUGAGAGUGAAGAAGAACACCACAGACAGACUAAGAAACAGUGUUAAAAAAAAUAUAUGGAUUUAUGAUGAACUCAGAGGAGUCUAGUGAACAAAAAGAGACUUCAGGUUUUUCCUACCAUGAAAUGGACAAAUGAGGGUUCAAACUUGAUCUGAGGAUUCUAAGUAUAUCUGGGGAAAAAAAAAUAUUUCUUUCUCUGUGAGUCCUGAACCUGCUCUUUCUCAAGUUUCCAUAGCAACCGAACAAACUGCACCCCCUUGGGAUCUGAGGACCAAAUGUUUUUCUCUUUAACAGUCUUGUACAAACUACUAACAAUCAUAUAAUACAAUACAGUAUAAUGUUUAGCCUAGUACAAAUUAACAAUCAUUAAAUACUUAAAUGCAGUAUUCUACCUUUAGUUUAGUACACAUAAUAGUGACAGAGAAGUACUUCAGGUCGGCAUUGGAUUUAUUCACCAUCAGUGUACUGCUGACUACUAAGGAGUAUGUAAAUGUAAAAAGGGAUCAUUUAGAAUUCAGUUGGAGAGGUUAGUGAAGAAGAAUGUUGCCCGGAGCUCUUUCUGUGGGAUGGAAUACAUUAUGAAGUGUUUGUUUGUUUGUUUGUUUGAAAGCCACCUUUUAUCAUCAUUUUAGUGAUAGGCUACACUUCCUCUUUGGGCACUCAGUUUGACCCUUGAACUUUUAGUUUUGUCUCCCUCUGUGCAGCAACCACUCUGAGCCUCCAUUCUAUUCAAAGUUGCCCAUAGGCACAGAUGGAGGAUCAGCUCACUUUGCCCAAAUACUAACCUUAAGCAUUAGGAAGAAAAUGCUAAACUGUACUUAGAUCAGUCUGAAGGGGCUAUGUCAUCCUACUUCAUUCUAUUCUGCCUAUAAAGCAAAGGCCAUUGGCUCACAUUCCGUUUCAGAAGCUUACUACAGUUCUCGGCUCAGGGGUUAAAAGGUCUUGAGUCAGGUGUGCCUAAUGUUCGGAUGAGAUUGUCCAUAGAAACUGAUCUUAAGUCAGUUUUCUGGUUAAGGUGGUUAAUGGUUAAAGUUAGGAUUUGGGGAGGGCCAGCUGAUCCAAGAUCUGUGUGUCCACUGAUUAGCCAGUAGAUUUAGCAGGAUGCAUUGCUUCGUUCAUUGGGUCUGUUUUGUGACAAAGAAAGUAUUUGUGUAUUUACAUUUCAGGGAUUAUUUUAACGAGGGCCAGGAGAUUUUUCUGGUCAGGUCACAUGCUCCGGAAAAACUCCUUUACCUUACCAUAACACAAAAAAACACUAGUACAGAUGUAGGAUCUUAAUUUGAGCCAGUUUUCUACAGCAGGAAAAUAGUCC